AUUUGCUGUUACUCCGGGGGUCUUGUUGCUCCCAUUUCCGCCGCUAGCUCUUGUCCUUUUCCGCCUCAAACUCGCCGGUGGUUAGACUAGUUUCUUCAGUUUCAUUCAGAAUGCGCUACGUUGCUGCUUACUUGCUUGCAGUCCUAGGGGGCAAUGAAAGCCCCAGUUCGAAAGACCUAAAGAAGAUCCUUAGCAGUGUUGGUAUUGAAGCAGAAGAUGUGCGAAUGGAUAAGGUCAUCAAAGAGCUUAAUGGAAAGAAAGUUCAAGAUGUCAUUGAUCAGGGCUAUAGCAAGUUGUCCUGUGUGAGUACUGGAGGCACGGCAGCAGUCUCAAGUUCUGCUGGAGCAGCAGCAACUGCUUCCACUGGUGGUGCUACGCCAGCUGCAGCUGAAGAGAAGAAAGAGGAGAAAAAGGAAGAAUCUGAAGAAUCUGAUGGUGAUAUGGGAUUUGGACUUUUUGACUAGGCAUUCAUUAUCAAUUAUAAUAAAUGUUUUUUU